UGUGGCAUUUUUGCCUUUAUUGUGAUAGUCACAGUGAGAGAGAGACAGGAAGUUCAGGUAGAGAGCGAGAGAGUGGACGACACAAAGCAAAGGGUCGGACUCGAACUGAUGACCACUGCAGUCAAGACUAAACCCAUGUGGCACAUGCGCUACCAGGUGAGACUCUGAGGCGCCUCCUACUGUUUAGUCUUUAUACUGCAGUACUGCUACAUUAUCAAUCAGUAUCAGUACUGAAGCUGACACAUCUUGAUCACAUGAUCCUCCAUUUGUCCAAUUAGAAAGGACAUUAAAGAUGCUGCAGAAUUUAAGACUUUAAACACAAACUUCGAGAAGGUUUUAUGAUGAGCAGCAGCAGCUCGAUCCUGAUGUUAUCAGUAAAAUCUGGUUUUAAUGUGAAAGGUUUGAAAAGAGUUUUUGCCUGUGAGUUUUUGUCAAAUCCUGAUCACAGCUUUGUCUUGUUGAUUUUCUUUUUUCUCCACAGACAUUUGAAUAUCGACUGAAGAGAAGAAGAAGAAAAAUCACAGGUGGCUUAUCAGAUGCUGUCCUGACGGAGGUCAUCUUCCUCAGACCAGCGGGAAAAUGACGGUGAGAGUCACAGGUCGAGAGGCAGACCGGUGAGGGGGAAUCAAAUCCACACUGUUGACGGUACACAGGCGUGAUGUUGACGUGUCGCUCCCUGCUUCUCACCUGGGUGCUGCUUGCCACCAGAAUCCGAAGCCAAAGACCCUGCACAGACCUGCUGCCUCUUGACCUGCUGUCCAGAGCCCUGCCCCGACCAGGACAAGCCCCGCCCACGAAGGUGCAGAUGGUUCAGUCCAGAGGGUCCAGAGGUCUCCGAUUGGCUGGUGCCGUGACGACAGCUCUGAGUUUCCCCGCCUCACAAAUCUUCACCAACUGUGAUUACUUCCCUGCUGAGUUCUCAUUGGUGGCCACCAUCAAGAUCCCGAGACUGAGAUGGAAGAAGAAUGAGUACAUCUUCUCCGUGGUGGAGGACCGGUCUGAAUCGCUGUUGCUGGGGUUACGUGUCUCUGAGAACCGCCUCCACUUCUUGACCACGCCUCCUGGUGCUGGUGGGCGGAGCCGGCUGAGCUUUAUGGAUGUGGGACUGGACGAUAACCGCUGGCACACUAUGGUGCUGGCCAUCACCGGACCAUAUGCCACACUGACCGUCGACUGUGGCCUUCCUCUGGAGCUUAAACAGGUCCAGCCCUUCCCCAGCACUCUGAACACCAGUGGGGCCCGGUUCUUCAUCGGCAGCAGGAGGAGGUGGAGGGGCCGUUUCUCAGGUUUACUUCGUCAGCUGGUUCUACUUCCUGGCUCCGAUGCCACGCCCAGACUGUGUCCGUCCUCUGAGCCCAGUCUGGCCGAGCUGUCUGUCCCCCGGGUCCUAAAGUCCACUCCACUCCAGCCGGACCACCACGGACCAGUUUACCCAUACGAGGCAGAAGCCAGAGUGACUCUGGGAAAUCCUCCUCCAUGUUCAAGAGCAGAACAGGGCCAGCUGUGGUUCAACGCUCAGAGGAAAGGCCUGUUCAUCUGUGACGGACUCAUGUGGAGGACGCUGCUGCAGAACAAGGAGCGUCUGGAUUACAUAGAGAACUACCAGGACCUGUACACCAGCUCAGAAACCUUUGACGUCGAGGUCUUCUCCAUCCCUUGUGAAGGCUUGUUCUUGGCUGCAGCCAACAGGGACUCUGUGUCCGGUUCAGGUAUCUAUAAAUGGAGAAACGAGACGUUCCAGCUGUACCAGAACAUCAGCACUCAGGAGGCUCGAGCCUGGAAACACUUCACCAUUGAUGACAAGAUUUUCCUGGUGGUGGCGAACUCCAGGGAGGCGGAGCCUGAGCUGUCCGUCAUCUAUAGCUGGAAUCCGCAGUGGCGACGUUUCCUUCGUUAUCAGACUCUGGAGACUCAUGGCGCUCUGGACUGGGAGGCCUUCCAAAUCCACAACCACAGCUUCCUGGUUGUAGCCAAUCACAGACGAGCCAAAGACUCCAACCACAACAUCCACAGUGUGAUCUACAGGUGGAACCAGGACACUAAGAUGUUCGAGGUGAACCAGACUCUGUCCACGUCUGGCGCAUAUGACUGGGAGUUCUUCACCGUCGGACCGUACCACUUCCUGGUGGUUGCCAACACCUUCGACGGUCAGACCACCAGCAUCAGCUCCACCGUCUACAUUUGGUUGGACGGACGUUUCCAGACCUUCCAGAACAUCCCGACUGUAGGAGCGACUGAUUGGGAGGCGUUUCAGAUCGGCGACAGGUUUUUCCUUGCUGUUGCCAACAGUCAGAGGGUCUCAGACCGCGGCCCAAGUCCCUACAGCAUCAACUCCACCGUGUAUGAGCUGAGUACGCUCACACAAACCUUCAUCCGCUUCCAGGACAUCCUCACACACAGUGCGGUGGACUGGGAGUUCUUCACCAUUGGAGACGAGAAGUUCUUGGUGGUGGCCAACUCUUAUGACGGCACCUCGUACUCUCUGAACAGCGUGGUCUACAGGUGGCAGGGCUACGAGGGUUUUGUCCCAGUCCACAGUCUGCCGACGUUCGGCUGCAGAGACUGGGAACACUUCAGCACUGAUGAAGGCUCCUUCCUCAUCUACUCCAGCGCCACCUCCAGGCUCAGCAAGGUCUUUAGACUCAAGACCUACUGAGCUAAAUCCACCUCAGACUCUCUGACUGAAAAACCCGCGAAAACACUCAGCGGAGAGUUUGACUUUUAAACCUUAAAACUGUUGACGUCUAUGUUUCUCCAGAAUUGAGUCUUCAGAGUUAAAUCCUGAGAUUCUGUUGGAGCUCAAACCUCUUCAGCUCUCUACAACCUGGAAAUGAAUUAUUAUCAACUUGAUUUAUUUAUGAAGCACUUUUCUCUAACUGAGUUUAUAAAAAGGUCAAGUCAUGUGAAGCUCUGCUGAUAAGGACAGCACCCUCCAGUGGACAAAGACAAACAUGUUAAUGUGAGACAACCAGAGAAGGAUCGUUGUCUUGGUGGGACUGGACUUCAGCACAAAGUCCAAUGAGGUGCUACUCUCUCAUUCAGGUUCACAGCAAAACCUGCUGAAGGUUGGGUUUGUAAUAAAGUCAAGUGAAGCUCUGUGUCCUCAAGGUCUUCAGUGUCUUCAGGGUCUUCAAUGUCUUCAAGGUC